UCACUCUCAAGUCAAGAAAGGCACUGGUCUCUCAUCCUCGACUGACCUCCUCCCUUCAUUCGCUCCUCAUCUUUCCUUUUCAACCCCAUCACUUUCGUUGCUGAAAGGCCUGAGAUCGCCUAUUAUGCAUUUCAAGAACGUUCUGGUCAGCCUUGUGGCUCUGGCUGUCUCGGUCAAGGCCAUCCCUGAUGUCGACACCGACUUCAGCCUCGAGGCCCGCGACGAUGCUGCUCCCAUCGAGGCUCGUGAUGAGUCCGAGUUCCUCGCUGAGCGCAACUACUACCCUCCCCCAUCCUGCAAAGACAACGAGUACUACAACUCGAAGUGGAAGAAGUGUGUCUGCAAGGAUGGCUACGAGGAGAAGUAUGGCAAAUGUGUCAAGAAGACUCCCACUUGCAAGGAGAACCAGUACUACAACUGGAACUGGAAGAAGUGCGUCUGCAAGGACGGCUAUGAAGAGAAGUACGGCAAGUGUGUCAAGAAGACACCUACCUGCAAGGACAACGAGGUCUACAACUGGCACUCCAAGAAGUGUGAGUGCAAGGACGGUUACGAGGCCAAGUACGGCAAGUGUGUUCCCAAGUGCAAGUGGGGACAAUACUACGAUCAGCAUGCUGGCAAGUGUGUUUGCCCUAAGGGAACCUCUGAGAAGUACGGCAAGUGUGUGAAGAACUGCCCCGAGGGACAGUACUACAACAAGCACUCCGACAAGUGUGAAUGCCCUUCAGGUACCUCUUGGAAGUACGGAAAGUGCAUCAAGAACUGCCCCAAGGGACAAACCUACAACCAGUGGUCUCACAAGUGCGAAUGCAACAAGGGUACUGAGUGGAAGUACGGAAAGUGUGUCCCCAAGUGCUACAACGGUCAGUACUAUGACAACCACGCCGGCAAGUGUGUCUGCCCCAAGGGUGAGACCUUCGCCUACGGAAAGUGCAUCAAGACUUGCCCCAAGGGACAAACCUACAACCAGUGGUCGCACAAGUGCGAAUGCAACAAGGGCACUGAGUGGAAGUACGGCAAGUGUGUUCCUAAGUGUGAGCACCCUCAAUUCUACGACAACCACGCUGGAAAGUGUGUUUGCCCCAAGGGAACUGAGCUCAAGUACGGCAAGUGUGCUCCCGUUUGCGCCAAGGGCCAGACCUACAACCAGUGGUCUCACAAGUGCGAAUGCAACAAGGGUACUGAGUGGAAGUACGGAAAGUGUGUGCCCAAGUGCGAUCACCCUCAGUACUAUGACAACCACGCCGGCAAGUGUGUUUGCCCCAAGGGAACUGAGCUCAAGUACGGCAAGUGUGCUCCUGUCUGCCCUGAGGGCAAGUACUUCGACAAGGACUCUCACAAGUGCGUUUGCAACAAGGGCACCUCUGAGGUCUAUGGCAAGUGUGUGAAGGACUGCCCCAAGGGACAGUACUACGACCGCUGGAGCAAGACUUGCAAGUGCCCUAAGGACUUGAACUGGAACGGCCACCAGUGCGCCUAUGACUGCGGCCACGAGGCUGAGUACAAGUACGGCGCCUGUGUCUGCAAGAAGGAGAACCAGGUCUUUGACAAGCACUCCAAGAAGUGUUCUUGCAAGCAGGGCUGGUACUACGACCAGCACAAGGGUGCCUGCAAGAAGGGCGGAUACUAAGAGGUUCGCAUGAUUCGAGUUGGAAGCGGAUGAUUGAGGUUGAGGGGGUUUAACAGCUGGGGACAGUCUAUGGUAAAAUUACGGAACUGGCUGGCUUGGACAUAAGCAGACUUUUUUUUUGCUACGAUGGAACAUACUUUCUUCUACACUCCUUAUAUAUUUCUACUUCUCUAGUUGAUAAUUCUUAAAUCAAGGACAUUCGCGGACU